AUGUAUGCUUUGCCUGUAUGGCUCUACAAUCUGGGUUAUACUUUGAUUCUUUUUAUUGCAGGAUUGACUGCAUCUCCAGCAGGGAGAGAAACAGUGGAAGACACAGAAAAAAUGCUCAAGAGACUUCUGGAAAAUAUUGGUGAUGGAAAACUGGCAGCCAUCAUGGAAAAUGAUAGAAGUUUCAAAGAAUUGUCAAAAUACAAGACCCAAACCAAACUAAUAGCUAAAGAGCUGGGCUUGACUGUAAAUGAGAAAGAACUGCAGGACGAACUUCAGAAAUAUUUGUUCCUUUGUUACAACCGCCUCUCAGUCGAGACUGAUUUUGGGAAUUUUGACAGUAGAGAGGAAGUGAAAACUUGCCAGGAUCUGAAAGGGGAUGUUUUGGAAGCAUUCCAAAUAUUUUUGCAAGACGCAAAGCCAAUCGAGCCUGAUAGAAAUAUCUACAUAGAAGCGCUGAAGCUUCACUGCAGUGUUCUCUGUGAAGCGCUGAGUGCUGUGGGAGAUGGUUCCGUGGAAUUUGCUUUCAGAGUUCUCCAAGAUCUUUUGAACAGAUCGCAUCCAGGGAGUUUUGAAAAAGCAGCAGAGUUAAAUUUGGCACACCAGAAAGUGAAAAGUCUGACAGAACAUUUUGCCCUGAGGACAAAAGAGGAGAAGGAAGAUGACAAGAUGGCCGUCAAGACAGUAGCCAGAGAAAUACUACAGGGAAUUGAUUGGGACUCCAGGGAGCAAGGAAAGCAGCCAUUUGUCUUAGUGUUAGUGAAAACAAGGGUAGUUGCACAGCAAAUGACAGAGGCUCUUAAAGAAAUGGAGGAAUUGAAAGAACGCGGUAUUUGUCCAGUUUGCAUAGUGGGCCAUGGUGGUGGUUCCUCUGAUGGUGGUGGAAUGACCAUCAAAAAGCAGAGUAGGGCCCUGGAAGGCAUUAGGAAUUACGAGUACCAGGUGGUAGUUGCCACCUCUGUUGCUGAAGAAGGGGUAGAUUUUCCUGAAUGUGAACUCGUGAUUCAUAUGAAUCCUCCUAGUUCAGUGACGGCGCUCGUACAGACACGUGGGCGCGCUCGCAAGCAAGGUGUUAGUCGGUUCAUCGCUUUGUGCAGGGAACCAGGUCAGAAAGACAAGAUCGAGCUGCUUCAGAAGAAAGAGGAAAACAUGUACAAGGCUGCGAAGAAGAUAAUUGACACAUAUUAGCAGACACAAAGACUAAAAGCUUUUCAUAUUUUUUUUAGUUGCUUGACUAUCAAAUCUGAAAAAAAAAGACAAAGUGUUUUUACACCUACUAGGGGGAAGGGGGUAUAUGCAUGUCUGCUCAUUAGACGGUGACCAGUCUACAUGUAUACUACAUGUACAGUGCUCAAGAUCAUAAAAUGCACUAAUACAGAAAUUAACUGAAUUGUGAAAUUUAAUUCAGAUCACCAUACACAGACCUGACAGAAAUGGCAAAUAUGGUUCACUAUUUACAAAAAUAUUUUUUUAAUGAAAAGAAGAAUACAUAAUUAUUUAAUCUCUUAUAUUCUGCGUAUUUGUAGCUUCUCUUUUGAUGUGAAACAAGAUAAUUUGUUAAAUAUGAUGAUCAGGUAGCAUAAGGGUUUUUGAUUCCUUAUGAACAAGUAUAUCAGUUACAGUAGUAUAUUCAGUUAUUUUCUGGUCAAACAAUUGCAAGUACUUGUACUAGCAUGAAAGGCCACAAAAGUCCCAGAAGAAAACCAUUUUCCCAAUUAUGAUCAUUCAAGAGGGUUUCUUUAAAUGAAAAAUGGUAUUCUGGUGUUAUGCACAGAGACUGUCUGAUAAACAAUUAAUUUUUUUAGAUUCAAAAAUUGAGUGAAUUCAAUACCAAAUAAUGGAUUCAAUACUUCAUUAUGUGAUUUUUAGAGUAAAUGUGAUGGUCAUUAUUGCGAAGUUAUAAAUGUAUAUUUGAAUAUACUUUGCUGCAGUGUCUUUGUGUAACUUAAGAAAUUGUUUUGCUUAAUAUAUGUUGUAUGCAGUAAAUUUGUGCAUAUUAAAUA